CCGUAGAAAGAGGCGGGGAGCGGGCGGCGGCGGCCUUCGCUGCGGGGAGGCUGCGCGGCGGGGGCGAACCGGAGUGGCCCUGCAGCGGCUCGCUCAGGCCGUGCGUAGUCGCUGCAGCCACCGGGAGAGGGGAAGCGACUCCCGCGGGCGUACUUGGCAGAGCAGAGAGGAGCGAAGGGAGAACACCCGGCGUCUGCCGUCUCGAAUUUCUCUCGGCCCUUGUCAUUUGAUUCGUUACCCGAAAUGCAUGGUCAUGGGGGCUAUGACUCUGAUUUUAGUGAUGAUGAACACUGUGGUGAAUCUAACAAAAGGAAAAAAAGGACAGUUGAAGAUGAUUUACUGCUCAAAAAGCCAUUUCAGAAAGAAAAACAUGGAAAGGUGGCCCAUAAACAAGUUGCCGCAGAAUUGCUGGAUAGGGAAGAAGCAAAAAAUAGAAGGUUUCAUCUGAUAGCUAUGGAUGCUUAUCAAAGGCAUACAAAGUUUGUAAAUGACUAUAUUUUGUACUAUGGUGGCAAAAAAGAAGACUUCAGGCGAUUGGGGGAAAAUGACAAGACAGACAUGGAUGUUAUACGAGAAAAUCAUAGAUUCCUAUGGAAUGAGGAGGAUGAAAUGGACAUGAAUUGGGAGAAGAAACUUGCAAAGAAAUACUAUGAUAAAUUAUUCAAGGAAUACUGCAUAGCAGAUCUCAGUAGAUACAAAGAAAAUAAGUUUGGAUUUAGGUGGCGAGUAGAAAAAGAAGUAAUUUCAGGAAAAGGCCAGUUUUUCUGUGGAAAUAAAUGUUGUGAAGAAAAAGAAGAUUUGAAGAGUUGGGAAGUUAAUUUUGGUUACAUUGAACAUGGUGAAAAGAGAAAUGCACUUGUUAAAUUAAGAUUAUGCCAAGAAUGUUCCUUUAAAUUAAAUUUUCAUCACAGGAGAAAAGAAGUCAAGUCAAAAAAAAGAAAGGAUAAAUCCAAAAAAGAUCAUGAAGAGUCAUCACAUAAAAAAUCCAGAUCAUCUUCUGUAGAAGAGACGUCUCAGAAAAAAGCAAAAGGGCAUUCAUCCUCAAAGAAAUCAGAAAAUUCUGUGAACAGAAAUUCUGAUGAAGAUGAAGGUACUUCAGAAUCUGAACUUUGGAAGGGCCCCCUACCAGAGACAGAUGAAAAAUCACAAGAAGAGGAAUUUGAUGACUAUUUUCAAGAUUUAUUUCUGUGAGAUGGAAGAGAGAAGCCUACGUUCCUUAAUGUGAAAGUGCACUUUGAAACUCUCCACAACAAUGUCAUCUACAGGUUGCAGCUUGAGUGGUUUAUCUUUGGAAAUAAAAAUCCAACUACUGUCAGGA